GUCCUUGUGAAGAGAGAUUUUGUGUGAAGAGAGAUUUUGUGUGAGAUCAAGGAAGAGCAGUAGUUGUGAGGAGCUUCAGUCUGCCCAUCCGGGAAGAUGGCAAUAGUAAUCGAAGCACUUGCAGAAAAAGCUAUUUCUAUUCUAUUGGAGGCUGUAACCAGUUUGUUGAGAGAAGAGGUGGACCUCAUCUUGAAUGCCAAAGACGAACUCAAGAAGCUCGAUAGGAAGCUGAAACGCUUGGAGGUGGCCCUUAAGGAUGCAGAUCGCAAGCCCUUUUUCAGCAGCGAGUGCGACAAAUAUCUAGAGGGAGAGCUGAAGGAUGUUUUUUACGAUGCUCAAGACAUCAUCGAAAAGUACCAAACCAAAAUUAAGCUCAGCAAAAGGGAGAAGGAUUCUUUAACUUUAUGGAACAAGGUAAGAAAGCCCUGGAUCACUCUAUGCUCUUGUUUCAAGGAUGUGCAUGCUUCCUACAAAUUUUCUAAUGAAACUAAGAAAAUCAAUGAAAGGCUUGAUGAAAUAAAAAAAAAUUGGGAAAUGGUACAUCCACUCAAAACAACACCAAAAGGGGGUGGUGAGGACUCUGUUGAUGGUAAACAUGACAACCCCCGAGAGACAAGCCAUCACAUGGGUGUACAACCACCCAUAGGUAGGGGGGAUGAUAAAAAGGAGAUAGUGAAAAGGCUCUUGCCAAAUGACUCUACAAAGAGUAGUAAAACACAAAGGGGUGGUGUUUCUAUUAUUUCUAUUGUAGGAAAAGGCGGAAUCGGCAAAACAACUCUUGCAAAAAUGGUCUUUAAAGAAACUGAAGAACAUUUUGGGAAACGUAGAUGGUGGGUUUGUGUUUCAGAAAGGCCAAACGGUAAGGAUUUGUUACUGAAAAUACUGAAGGAAGUGCAGAAGAAAUCUAAAGAAGACGAUAGUUCCUUGAAUGAGUUGUGCACACAAUUACGGAACGAGCUGUCAAAGGAGAAAUUUUUGUUGGUCUUAGAUGAUGUGUGGGAAACAAAAUGGUGGGAGGAAGAGGUAGAGGGAACAUUGAUGACGGGUGUAAUGGGGAGCAAUAUUUUGAUUACCAGUAGAAACAAAAAUGUAUCAGAUGAGUUGCAUGCUUCUUAUAUGCUUGAAUUACGAGAAUUUAAUUUUCAGCAAAGUUGGGCCCUGUUUCUGAACGUGGCAUUAAGAGAAGGCCAAAUAGAACAAGAUUUGGUGAUGCAUAAUAUCAAAGAAGUUGGAGUGAGCAUAGUCAAGAAGUGUGGUGGGUUGCCACUUGUGAUUAAGACAGUAGGGUCCAUGAUGCUUACGAAGCAAAUGAGUAGGGAGGACUGGAAGUCCGUCGAUGAUAGUAAGAUAUGGGAAUGGAAGAGGCCUGCAGCCUCAUCAUCGACGUCUGAAAUAGGCGGCGAUAUACUUCCUGGUCUCAUACUAAGCUACGAUGACUUGCCAUAUUAUUUGAAGAGUUGUUUUGUGUAUUGCUGCAUUUAUCCAAAGGAUUAUGAGAUUGAAAGGGAGAGAUUGAUCAUGCAAUGGGUGGCACACGGAUUGAUUGAGGAAAAGAAACACAUAGAUGUGGAAGCGACAGCAAACCAGUACAUUCAAGAUUUGAUAAGGCGGUGUUUGAUUGAAGAAAAUAAUCAUUAUUUUCAUGGCUCUCAACUUAAAUUGCAUGACAUUUUGCAUGACCUUGCCUCAUACAUAGGUGGAGAGGAAUAUAGCCAUGCCUCUAUUUCUCAACGCACACGCCAUAUGUCAUUACUUGCUAUAGACGAUGUAGAAGAGGCCAUGCGUAAUGCCACAGCCACAACACAUAAGCUGCGUACGUUGUUGAUUAAGUCAUUGCCUUCCGAGCACUUGACCAAUUUCAAGUGGCUGAGGGUGUUGUCAUUGAGGGGAUGUCAAAAUAUUCAUGAGUUGCCAAAGUCCAUUGAAGAUCUUUCACUUGUAAAAUAUCUUGAUCUUAGCGGUUCUCAUGUGAAACGGUUGCCCGAUUCAAUCGGCAGACUCUAUAACUUGCAAACAUUGGAUUUAAGUGAUAGUAACAUUGAAGAGUUGCCCAAGGAAAUGGGCAAACUGUGCAACUUGAGGUAUCUCGGGCUGAAAGAUACAAGGGAAUUGCAAUUUGUAGCUGAAGGUCUGGGGAAGCUUACUAAUUUAUGGACCUUGCAUAGGUUUAUGGUAUGCGAUGACAAAGGGAAGACAAGAGGUUGCAAUAUUAAUGAACUAAAAGACUUGAAGAAACUAAAGGGAGAAUUGUGGAUUGAAGGUUUGUGGGGUGGAAGAGUGAAAGUGAUGGAUGCAAAGAAGGCACAUCUUAAGGACAAGCAUGAGCUAAAAGGUGUGAAAUUGGUGUUCAAGGUGGGAGAGGAUGACAAAGUGGGUAGUGCUUCUGAGCAGAAGGGUUUGCUGGAGGCUUUGGAACCUCCACAUGGCAUAGAGAGGUUGGUAAUUGGUAGUUAUAAAGGAGACACUAGGCCUGCGUGGUAUUUGGACACCAAUUAUGAGGAGCUGCGGAUGCUGCGCCUAGAACGUUGCCCAUCGUGGGCAGCAGUGAUAGGAAUUAAAUCAUUGAAAGAAUUGGAGGUGAGGGACUGCCCAACAUUGCUUAAAUUGCCGAGCAUGCCUUUGUUGAAGUCCUUGGAGAUUGAGAGGUGUGAUGGGCUCAAGACGAUUGGUGACUUGCCAAACCUCAAGUCGUUGGCUGUGAACUAUUGUGGUAGGCUGAAGAGUCAUUGGAGAUUGAGAAGUGUGAUGGGCUCAACACGAUUGGUGACAUGCCAGCUGUAAAGACGUUGAUUAUGAUUGAUUUGCCCAACUGGGAACCAACAUGUACUUCUAUGCCAUGCUUAAGAGAGGUGUGCUUUCACAAUUGUCCAAAGAUGAAGAUAGAAGGCUUGAGUGAUGAGUUGGCAGGGCUCCAAGUGCUGUCAGUGUUGAAUUGCCCAAGUGCAAGAUUGGGAUGGAAAUUGCUUGAGCAGCUGCCUAACCUCAUUCAGUUGUGGUUGGAUUCAAAAUCAACAGUACUAGUGCCAUCGCCAUUGCCAUCACAGGUAUCCACAGUUCUACCCUCCCUUACAGAAGACCCUCCCUUAAACUUCUGUAUUUGAGAGACAACACUAAUGUUGAGGAGGUCAAAUGGGGAAGGGUGCCUCAGUGGGUGUGGGGUCUCUCCCAACUGAAGGAAUUGUGCCUAGAUGGUUUCUCUGAGGACAUCAGCGUGGGAGGCCACUGGCAUUGCCUCCCAAAACUGAGAUACCUAGAUCUUUAUGACUUCCCCAAUCUGAAGUCUGUGGUGGAGGUGAAUAAUACUAUGACUGCCCAACAACAACAAAAUGGAACCAUCAAUUGUUCCUCCGAUGCACAGCAACAACAACAACAGAUCGCCUGCCUCUCCAACCUUCAAAGGUUGUGGAUUCGCUCAUGUCCAGCACUCCAUCUGCCGCAGGAGUUAAGGGACCGUCUUGGGAAAAGAUUACACAUAUAUUAAUUAUUUUGGUUAAAUAAGUGUGUUUCCAUUUCGUUACGUCUCUUCUUUCUCUCUCCCUCUUGUU